AUGUUAAAGGAUAGAGGGAUUGUCACCUUUGAAGAUAAAUGGCCUUCUAUGCGACCCAUAGUUUUGAAGUUACUCAAACAAGAGCCUGUAACUCAAACAGAAUGGCAAGAUCUAUUUGGGGCAGUACAUUCCGUAUGCUUAUGGGACGAACGAGGGCCAUACAAAUUAAGAGAUGCAUUACAACAAGAUAUAAUGAUGUAUAUAAAGCAAGCUCAAAACAUUUUUGUAGAUAUUAAGCAAAGAUUGCAGGAUUCAGCUAUGAAGCUUGUUCAGGCUGAACGUAAUGGAGAAUCAUUUGAUUCGCAACUUGUAAUUGGAGUGAGGGAAUCAUAUGUAAAUUUAUGCUCAAACUCAAACGAUAAGCUUCAAAUAUAUAGAGAGAAUUUUGAAGCUGCAUACAUGCAGGCGACUGAAGAGUUCUAUAAGCUUAAAGCUAAUGAGCAUCUGUUAACUAAUGGUGUGCAAUCAUAUAUGAAAUAUGCUGAUCAACGUCUUAAAGAGGAGGAAGCUCGUGCUCAUCGGUACUUAGAGCCUGGAAGUGGAAGUGUUGCUGCUCUUACUCAAUGCUGCGAAAAGGUUAUUAUUGGUGAACAUUUGUCAACACUAUUAGCUGAGAGUGCACCAUUAAUUAAAGCAGGGGAAACUGGAAAACUACAGCUUAUGUUUCGUCUGUUAGACAGAGUGUCUGAAGGAGUACCUCCAAUCCUAAGAGAUUUGGAAGCUCAUAUUGUAUCAGCUGGUUUGGCAGACAUGGUGGCUUCCGCUGACAUUAUUACAACUGAUUCAGAAAAGUAUGUUGAGCGCUUACUGGAUCUAUUCAAGAAAUUCAGUACAUUGGUGAAGGAAGCAUUUCUGGAUGAUCCAAGAUUUUUGACUGCAAGGGACAAAGCUUACAAAUGUGUGGUGAAUGAUACUACAGUGUUUAAAUUGGAAUUACCAUCAUCUGCACUUAUUCGCGGGAGUAAGGGUACUGCCCCUGAAAGCAAAUGUCCAGAACUUUUAGCAAAUUACUGUGAUAUGUUGUUACGUAAGACUCCUCUUAGUAAACGGCUGACUAGUGAACAAAUAGAAUCACGUUUAAAGGAUGUACUCUUGGUAUUAAAAUAUAUCGAAAAUAAGGAUGUAUUUAUGCGGUAUCACAAAGCACAUUUGACAAGAAGAUUAAUAUUAGACUCUAGUGCAGAUUCAGAAAAAGAAGAGGAUAUGGUGGAGUGGUUGCGAGAAGUGGGAAUGCCUGCUGAUUAUGUUAAUAAACUAGCUCGCAUGUUCCAAGAUAUAAAAGUCAGUGAAGAUCUCAAUAUUCAAUUUAGAGGUGAAACUACAAGACAUGAUGCUAUAAACAUAAAAAUUCUCAAUGCUGGAGCAUGGGCUCGGGGCUCAGAAAGAGUGACAGUUAGUCUUCCAUUGGAAUUAGAAGACUAUAUACCAGAAGUGGAAGACUUUUAUAAGAAAAAACACUCUGGUCGGAAACUACAAUGGUACCACCAUAUGAGCAAUGGUACAAUAACAUUUGCUAAUUCAGUUGGCAGAUUCGAUUUGGAUGUUACAACAUUCCAAAUGGCUGUUUUGUUUGCUUGGAACCAAAGACCGUUUGAAAGAGUUACUUAUGAAAAUUUAAGACUUGCAACUGAACUACCAGACCCUGAGUUGAGAAGGACUUUAUGGUCUCUUGUUGCUUUUCCAAAACUUAAACGGCAGCUAUUAUCUUAUGAACCUAUAGUUCAAAACCCUAAGGAUUUUGCAGAAAAUACUGCCUUCUGGGUAAAUCAAGAAUUUGCACUUGUAAAGAAUGGGAAGCCACAGAGACGGGGAAAAAUAAAUUUAAUUGGAAGGCUUCAAUUAAGUACUGAAAGAUCUCAAUUGGAGGAUAACCACUCAAUCGUUCAACUUAGAAUCUUACGAACUCAAGAAGCUAUCAUUAAAAUACUAAAGAUGAGGAAACGGAUAUCAAACACUGCUCUUCAGAGUGAGCUCAUUGAUAUAUUAAAGAAUAUGUUUUUACCUUCAAAGAAGAUGAUCAAAGAGCAGUUGGAAUGGCUUAUUGAACAUAAGUAUAUGCGGCGUGAUGACGAGGAUAUUAACACCUUUAUCUAUAUGGCU